GGCUAAAAAUAAAUACAUAAACACGAAUCCAAUCUUACAAUUAGUCAAGUCUCUCUUCACCAGUUCGUCCACGACAACGCACAUACAUCGCUCAUAAAAUUUUGGAAAUUUUUCAACCCACUUUAAUCACAACGCCUCCAUUAAAUUACUUAAGUUGUUCGCAUACAUAUUUAUUUCUUCUCAAGAAGUCAAGCAACAUCAUGGCUUACGGGGGAUCCGCAUACGCCACCCGGGUUUUGCAUCAGUAUAAAUCCACAUUUGAUCGUGAAACUCGUCUGGAAAACGCGGACCGUUACUCAGCCCAAGAAUUGUAUAACUUUUCUCAUACCGGACGCGGGACUGAUUUCGUCUUCAUCCUUAAUGGCGAAUUAAAUUCCAAGAAAGGCUGGGUUUACGUGAAACAAUCCGUCGUCGCAGCAAAGUCGGAGAUUCUGGGAAAAAUUAUGAUACUACGAAGAGCCCGGAACAUUAACGGACGGGAGAUCGAGGAGGACUAUUACGCCAUGUUGGAUGCCACGACUGGGUUCCGGGAGCUGGAUAUUGUCCAGUUUAAGAGGAUGAUUGAGUACUUAUACACCAAAAAUGUUGAAAGCCUCCGGUACGACGCUAGCCCCGAAGAGCUUCGUAAACUUUCCGCAAUGGGGAGUUUAUUUUGCGUAUAUGAACUCCUGGUAUUUUGCCAAUUAAAAUUGCCGAACAAGCAAAUCGACAGAGUCAAACCGGAAGUUGAGGUUGCCAAUGCAAAAAACUCUGGUAACAACGGCCCCACCUACAGCGCGGGUAUUAUCCGGGCCCCCGAUUCCGGAAGAAGUUGGACUUGAAGACGAAAUUGAAGCAGGAAAUUCUUGCCCAAGUCAAACAGGAAGUCGUCGAGCAACUCAGGGAUGAAAUGCUAGCCGAAAUUCGGUCUGACUUUCAAACUGCUUCCGAGAAUUAACAAGAUUUUGUACCAGAUAAAUACGAAUGUGAUAAUGAUUUUUUUUUGGUUUUGAUUAAAAUUGAAUUGUAAAAAGAUAUGUAAAUACAUAAAUGUGAAAUAAAAUAACGACAUCAAGAUCAUUCUUCAAUUAA